CGGUGUCGGCCUGGACGUCGGAGCAGCUGAAGCAUCUCACAUUGUUUUGGUUUGGUGUUUUUUUUAAAAAAAAACCCUUUGGACAACAAACAGCCGCAGCUCAGCCGGAAGAGCAGGACUCAGGACUGAUCCAGAACAAGCCCGACCAGGACACGAUGCCCAUCUGCUCGGUGAUGCAGAAGAGUAACGGCGAGGUGGUGGGAGCCGAGCUGACCUGCAGCCUGCGGGAGGAGAACAAGGCUCAGAGGGAGAGCUACAGCGCCGACUGGCACAGCGUCAGCCUGAAGACUCAGCCUCAGGACAGGCAGACCAUGAACAUGAACGACGACUCCCGCCGGGAGACCCUGUCCCGGCAGUGGCGGGCCCGUCCCCUGACGCAGAGCUGCCCCUCGGGGGUCUUCAGGGUGGGCACGGUGGAGCGGGGGGUGAGGGAGCACCAGCUCCUGCCCAAGAGGAAGACCCUCCCACUGCCCAUCUUCACCCCGGCCGAGCUGGGCGUCCGGCUGGGCCGCGGGGCGCCGCACGCCGAGGACGACCUGCAGCCCUUCCCCGCCCCCGACGGCGUCUGCCCCAGCAAGAGGACCGUGGACGACAUCACCCGGGACCUGCCGCCCGUCAAGCCCACCCUCAUGGAGUUCGCCAAGGCGCCCAAAGCUCUGGGCCGCUCCGUGUCCCAGGAGGCGCAGAGGGGCUGAGGACGGGCGAGGAGGAGGGGCCGCCGGGGCGAGGCGAGGAGGAUGAGAGCUGGGAGAGGGCGAUCAGCGAGCAGAGCAUGUCGGCGUUGGUUAAGACGAGAUGUAAAUAGAUCCAUCUGUAGUGACGUUCAUCAUAAAGCAGCAUCCUGUAGGUCUGUAGUCCAAAGGUCACGCCGGGUCGGUGCGGGGUCUGGUGGAGGGAGGAGCGGGGUGAAAGGUCAGGGCUGAUCCCAGCCUGAGCUGACCUCUCUCCACCUGCAGCUCCACCUUUUCUCCUUGCUUUUUCCUCCACAAAGCCUCGUGCAAAUAUCCGCAACAUGGAAGCGUUGUAGGAGUCACCGGGCUGAAGGUACCGUCAGCGUCUGAUGGCAUUCAGGAGGUAGAGAGAGGAGUGAAAGAUGGAGGGAGAGUCAGAGGUGAGGUGGAGGGGUGAGGGGUGAGGGGAGGGUGGAGGGGUGAGGGGUGGAGGGGUUGGUCACCCUCCAGAAGCUCCUGCCAGUCUCUGAUUUGAAUCAACAGUACAGGAAGCACUGGCUUCAUCUGCUCACACUGCAGCUGUACAGAAGUUUGAAUCCGUGUGUGUGUGUGUGUGUGUGUGAGCGUGUGUGUGUGAGUGUAUGAGUGUGUGUGUGUGCCGAACGGCACCUCUAAUUAAACCGACCUAGAAAAACCAAUAAGCUGUUCUUUGUACUGCAUCAAUCUGCCUCCUAGGUGAGUGGCAGCUCAUAUGUAAGCUUGACACUGACUGUUUUAGCUGUGAAUGAAUUUGAAAUGUGUGCACCGAUGAUGAAAGAUUUCCUUUUUCUUAGAUAUUUAUUAUUUUUACAAAUAAAAGCUGAACCACUCAUUA